AUGGAGCCAUGUGGGAACAAAAUUGGGGUUAGGGGAAGGAGGCGGAGCCAUGUGGGAGCAAACUUAUCUCUGUUCCAUAUUAAAUCUUUUUCUCCUUCUAUCAUUAUCAGACUUUUUCGCUUAAUCGGAGAUAAGUUUUAUAAUCUGAAACUCACAAGUGUUGGUGUUGCAGAUGUUAUCACAAGUAUUGAUGUUGCAACUGUUAGCACUCUAACAGCAGGAACAUCAAAAAGGGGUUACCUUCGGAUAAUCUGGUUCAUGGUGGCCACAGGUGCAAGUUUGUUUACUAUUGGACUGUUAGUUUUACUCUUCUGCUUCAGAAAAAAGAUUUUGUGGUACAAAUACAUCAGGUUUUGGGAAUCUAAUGCUGAGGAUCACCAAAAAGUUGAAGAAUUCUUAAAGAACUAUGGUGCAUACGCUCCGAACAGAUACAGUUAUACAGACAUCAAAAGAAUCACCGGUCGUUUCAGUAGCAAACUAGGCCAAGGAGGAUUUGGUAAUGUGUACAGAGGAAGUUUGAGUAAUGGGAGUGAAGUGGCAGUAAAGGUCCUGAAUGAACUAAAAGGCAGUGGUGAAGAUUUCGUUAACGAGGUGGCAAGUAUUAGCAGAACUUCACAUGUUAACAUUGUGAGCCUCGUGGGAUUUUGUUUUGAGGGUCACAAAAGAGCUCUUGUAUAUGAGUUCAUGCCAAAUGGAUCUCUUGAAAAGUUUAUCUAUGAGGAAAGAUCCGACAGUGUUCGCCAAUUAGGUUGGCCAAUAUUACACAAAAUCACACUAGGCAUUGCUCGAGGAUUGGAGUACUUACACCGUGGUUGUAACACUCGGAUUUUGCAUUUUGAUAUAAAGCCUCAUAAUAUCCUACUUGAUGAAGAUUUUUGUCCUAAGAUCUCUGACUUUGGUCUAGCCAAAAUGUGCAUGAAACAAGAGAGCAUUGUGUCAAUGUUAGGUCCACGAGGGACUAUCGGUUAUAUUGCUCCAGAAAUUGUUUGUAGAAACUUGGGAGGUGUCUCUCACAAGUCUGAUGUCUAUAGCUAUGGAAUGAUGGUCCUAGAGAUGGUUGGAGGAAGAAAAAAUGUUGAUGAAGGAGUUGAUCGCACAAGUGAAAUCUAUUUUCCACAUUGGCUUUAUCAACGAGUUGAACUAGACGAAGAGCUUCAACUAAUCGGGAUAAUGAAUGAAGAGGAGAAUGAAUGUGCAAGAAAGAUGGUGAUAGCGAGUUUAUGGUGCAUACAGACUGAUCCCUCAAAUCGACCAUCGAUGAGCAAGGUUGUUGAGAUGUUAGAAGGGAAACUAGACUCUUUGCAAAUGCCUCCCAAGCCUUAUUUAUUUUCUCCCUCAAGAUCAGAGGUAGAUUCAUCAGUAGUAGAACUGGCCUAG